CCUCAGCGUACAAUCCUUUCUGCUCCUCUUCCAUCACUAGAUCCAUCCACCAUCAUGUCUUGUGGAAUCCCAAUCUGUGGACCUUCUUGCAGCGUUCCAUCCUGUGCCGCUGCCCCGGUGAUACCCCUUGGAUCUUGCGGCGGUUACGGUGGCCUGGGUGGUGGUUCGGCGGCAUCAGCAGCCAGCCUUGGGAUCCUUGCCGGGGCCCAUGUUUCUUGUGUCAACCAGAUCCCACCCUCCGAAGUGGUGAUCCAGCCCACUCCAGUUGUUGUGACCAUCCCUGGACCCAUCCUCACUUCCAGCUGUGAGCCAUUGGCCGUAGGAGGAUACAACCCUUGCGCUUCGGGAUCUGGUUAUGGUCUGGGCUCUUGUGGGUACCUUGGCGGUGGCAUUUGCCGCCCAGGUGGCAUUUGCCGACCAAGGCGCAAGUAUAGCAUCUGUGGAUCUCCUUGCUAAACCCAAGGAAACCGGAACCAACUGGGAUUUGACCACCGCGAUAUGGACAUUUGACAAAGCUUAUGGACUGGUCCUUCAGAGGUGCUGAGGGCUUUCAGUAUCUCUGAAAAUCAGGUUGAUUUAUGUCCUACUCUGCUUUAACUGAAAUCUAUUAUUACUUUUGCUAUGCCUCAUUACAACUAUGCAAUUGUGUCUUGUUAACUCCGUGAGUUGAACAGUUCCAAUAGGGUUUUUCCCACUCCUCUACAGAAGAGGGAGAACCAAAAAGAUGUUCAAUUGGAAUUUACCAUGUAUACUCUUGUUUUCAUGCUUUAAAACCCCCCAGCAAUAAACCUUUCUUGCAUCAAAAA